AUGGCCCACACCGCCUGUAAGCCUUCUCAAGCGGCCGCCGCCCGGCCCCGACAUGCGUAUCCCGGCUUAGGCCUGAACCUCUACCAUAGUCGCAGUCAGGAGCCCGGCACAUACCCCAUGGGCAUCCACCAAUUCUGCUACGGUGCUGCCACGUACCUGCUCCCUGUGCGCGAGCUAGCCAUGCUCGCCGUGAUGGAUCUCCUCACAGACAAACCCGAGUGGCAGCGCAAGAUAUACGACGAGGCCAUCGUGGACAAAUGGCGGCGGGAGGCCUUGGCUAUACCGGACGCGCUUUUCUUCGAGGAGAUUGAACGAGCUACUGGUUGGAUGGGCACUCGGGACCGCGAACCACCGACGGACUCCCGAUCCCUUCGGCUGCUUGACUCGGAUAGCUUUGACUAUUGCGUGGAAGAGCUUAGAGACAAGGCCGAGUUCACAAGAGCCACCGGACUCAUCCCGACGCUCGAUGCCUGUGCUUCCGUCAUCAAAUCGGACACGGCGGUGGGCCCGGACCUCAAGAAAGCCCUUCGCGAGGCAUUCUGCGAUUUGAUCAAAGACCAACAGCAUGAUCCAGACUACCACCCGAGCACCAACGACAUGGUCCAGGAUCUUGUCCAUCCAUCACUAUACCCGUUGGUUUUUGGUCGGACAAAGGUGAUUCUCGACGAGGUUGUCGGCGUUGAGGAUGCCAUCAGCGCCUGGGCUGGCAAGGGCGAGACCAUCCCGACACCCACGCCGGCCGGCCAAAGUCAGCUUGGCGGGGAUGCCAGCAGUCAUAUCAACACUAGUCCGAUGGAUGAAGAUCAAGACGCGGAUGAAUGGGCGCUGGAAAGACGGCACGAAAAGCUCUGGGAGGCGGCCCGAUGGCCAGUUCAUCCCCAGGUGCCCGAAUACGAGCUCGUCGACUACAAUGCUCCAGCUGGCACCACGCUACGAGAGCGCUUUCGCGAGGGCGGCCUUCAGAUCAUCGUCAAGAUGGCCACGAUCGAGCUAACGCCCGAGACUCCGCAUUUCCCCGAGGGAGGUUGGCACGUGGAAGGCCAGAUGAAUGAGCACAUUGUUGGGACAGCCAUCUACUACCUAGAUUCCGAAAAUAUCACCCCUAGUCACCUCAGCUUCAGGAUGCAGACUGGCGAGGACCACAGAAUGCUGCAGGACUGCGUUGAACAGGACCGGUACGGUUGGCUCGAGGUUGUGUAUGGGACGGAACUCGGUGCCGAUAAAGGUGUUUGCCUCCAGUCCUACGGCAAGGUCGAGACCAAGGAGGGCCGGUUGUUGGCUUUCCCAAACGUCUUCCACCACCGAGUUUCUCCCUUCGAACUGGCAGACAAGUCUAAGCCCGGUCACCGCCGCAUUAUCGCCCUCUGGCUCGUGGACCCGCUCACUCGCAUCAUUAGCACCGCCAACGUGCCUCCGCAACAACGGGACUGGUGGCUAGAUGACGCCUUAGCUACAUCCGAUGCCAACACCAAAAGCAGCCCGUAUCCCCAGGGUAGAUCAGCCGACAAGACGGGACAGAGGGGAACUGGUGGCGGUGUUCUAGCCGGCAUCUUUGACCGUCCAGGUUUCAGCACCUUAUCGCAAGAGCUGCUGGGAUAUAUCCGUAGAGAUCUCGAUGAGCUUGAGUUACCAAUGACCCUAGCAGAGGCAAGGGCUCAUCGGCUGGAACUAAUGGGCGAGCGGACAACGAUCCAGCAGGGCGUUCAGAGAGAGCAGGCUGAAUGUUUGACUCUCCCAGAAUUCACGAGUUGA